GAGAGGCAUGGUGGGGACGGAGAUGGUGGGGAAGAAAUCUGGAUGGAGUGGGGGGAAUGAAGUUGAGCAGAGGCACCCCCUACACAUACAUCUUCCAGAAACAUUUGUGGAAUGUCCAGAGCUCCAAACUCCAACCCCAAAAUGAAAGGGGUGGAGGGGCCUAAUCCCAGAGCCACAUUCCAGGAUAAGUUAUAGGUGGGAGUGUGAGUGAGGAGAGGGUUGGGCCAGGGGGAGGGCAGGAAAGGGAGGAUGACUGCUAUAUAAUGGUUGGACACAAGUCACACAGCCAGGGUCUGGGUGCAAUGGCAGAAGGCCCUAGAGAUCAUCAGCCACCACCUUACAGUGGGGCUCGGGGUGGGGGCUUUGAACCUCGAGACCCACUGGACUGCUGGGCCUGUGCGGUGCUGGUCACGGCCCAGAACCUGCUUGUGGCUGCCUUCAACCUCCUGUUGCUGGGUGUGGUCCUCGGAACAGUUCUGCUGCCUUCGGUCCUCAUGUUGGGCUUUGGCUUCCUCUGCCACUCAAAGUUCCUGCGCUCUCAGGCAUCCCCCUGUACCGCCUACUUUCAGGACCCAGGGUUCACAGUGCUGCUGGUAGUGGGUUUCCUGCUCCUGGUGCCUUUGUUGAUUCUCGCCUUAGCUGGUUACCGCCGCCUCUACUGCCGUCUCCGCCUUGCCGACUGCCUCGUACCCUAUAGCAGGGCCAUCUAUCAGGAUGGGGGACUCUCCCACCCUCCAACUCUAGGAGCCCCACAAGCAUCCCAACCCCUUCCCACAGCCAUUGGCAAGGUCUGGGUCUGAAAGGCACCUUCCUCCCCCAAUUUAGACAAUAGGGUCCACCCCAACUCCCAACUUAAACUUUUAGGAGGCUGUCAUGUAGGGAGUAGUAGGCCUUUACACCUGAACUGGAAGCUCUAGAGAAGAAUUCCACAUCUGAACCAGUUACAGGAAACAGGGAACAUUGGGAUUGGUCCCACUGGAAAACAUCAUUAUCUGGACUAAACAUGAAAAACCUGCCAUAUCUGGAUAGCCACUUCCCCUUCCCAUGUGCACAGCUGAACUAUACUCCAUAGCACAUUGGAACAUGGGGGUUAGAUGCCAUUCUGAGUUUUGGAAUAUCUGGACUGAAUCUCCCAAAUGUUAAUCCUAAUUUCAAGUUAUUCCAAGCUGAAUGUUGGAAAUGAUGAGCUAUUGUGUGGUUCCUGAAUAAAAUAUUCAUCAG